GAGCGCUCCGUCUGGGCCAAGGCAGCAGAUAUCCUCAGUGUGCUGCAAACCAUGGUGGCGAGUGGGCUGACGCGUGAGAUUACCCUGCCUGACCCGUGGCCCUGGCGUAUUUUCUUCAUUUGAGAUUAGAGUUUUAGCUGUUACCUGAGAGUGGUGACCGCAGGCGUUGUAGAGAAUCGUCGUGAAUCAGGAAGUUGGAAGAGUUGCAGCAUCAAAUGAUGACUAGGCCAGCUGAGCAAGUGUAAUACGAGCCUUGACCGUGAAACGCGAGGCUUGCAUGCGGUCCAUUCGUUUAAACAACGUUUCUAGUGUUCACAGACCCCCCCAUUGCCCAUUUGAAGUGGGCGCUGUGAUAUCUUAGUGUCUUGUAGUGUAUUAUGUGAUAUCCUGGUGAAUUUGUGACACCAAAGUGCCUGAUCUCUUGGUUUGUUACUGGUGUUUUGUUUGUGCUUGGUAGCACGUUAUUUGGAUUUUCUGAUACAAACGCGGCACUCGUGUGUUGGUAUAUCUUCAGUGUAUUGAAGUGUUGUGCUCUUCGCUGUGUACAAAUGCACUUGCCUCUACCACAAGUUAAAAAAAUAUAACAGCAGUUGUGCAGAAGUGCAAAGUCUUAUGCCUGUAUAUAGAAAACAGAGUUCAGGAAGGAACCGGAAAGAUCAGGAGUAGAGGAGCGUGAAGGCGGAGAGCCAGAAGGGAGGCAUAUGAGAGUGGCCCCGUGGAGGAGGCUGGUGCAGAGAGUCAAGUGGACUCUGGGGGCGAGAGAUCAACGCCACCGCCGCCUCCCUUCCCCAUCAUUGCCUACGCGUACACCCACGCGCAGUCACCGUGCUGGGAGUGACACAGACUGUGAGUAAAGAUGGGGGACGGUGUAAACCAGCGACCGCUCAAAAUAACAGUGGUUGGUGAUGGUACUGUCGGCAAGACUUGCCUUCUAAUAUCUUACACCACUGGGGAGUUCCCAGAGGAGUAUGUACCAACAGUUUUUGACAACUAUGCAGGGAAUCACACUGUUGACGAACGAACCUACCCAAUGAUGUUGUGGGAUACAGCAGGUCAAGAAGAGUAUGAACGUCUCCGUCCUCUCUCAUAUCCUGGGACAAAUGUGUUUAUUGUCUGUUUUGCUCUGGAUAACCGUGCCAGCUUUGAGAAUGUUACAUCAAAAUGGUUGCCAGAACUCCAGCAGCAUUGCCCUAAAGUGCCAGUAGUUCUAGUUGGUACAAAAAAGGAUGUUAGGAACCUAAAUGUUCUUAAUCAAAGAGAUGGCAAGAAGUUAGUUAAGAAGGCUCGCCUUUCUAAAUAUGUGGAGUGCUCUGCUAAAUCACAAGAAGGAGUACAAGAAGUCUUCACCUCGGCUAUAAUGGCAGCUGUUGGUUUAGCACCGAGGCAGCGGCCGUGUGUUAUAAUGUAGUAUUCAGAAAAUGGUAACAAUUUACUAAUUUGCAAUCCAUUUAAUAAGUAUUUUGUAUGUGUAUCUAGCAGAUUAUCAUUAAGGAAAACAUUAAUCAUUCAAGAGCAAUGAAUAUGUAUGUACUAGUUGUACCCUCUGCCUAAAAGGAAAUUAAUGAUGAGCACAGGUCAGCCCCCUUGUAUAGCUGUUUAUCCUUAAUUUAAACCAAUGAGCCAAUAACAAAGUUCCUUACACAAAGAUUGUGUAUGUUAUGCUGAUCUGUUAAAAGCCUUACAGUUCAGUACUGUAAUUACCUAAGUGUAGUUACAUGAGACCUAUGUUCUUGGUGCCCCAUCUUCCCAGUACUCUUUGUCAUAUGAUGCUUUAAAACUACUGAUAGUUUUGGCCUCCACCACCUUCUCACUUAACUUGUUCUAAUCGUCUACACUCUAUUUUCAAAAGUGGACUUUCUUAUUUUUUGGCAGCUUUGUUUCCUUAGCUUGAACCUGUAAUUACCUAUGUUUAGUUAUUGGAUGAGAGCUAUGCUUCUGGUGUCCCGUAUUCC